AUGCUUGGAAUACCAUUUCUUGAAUCUCAGUUUCUUUCGUUAUUUUCGCCAACAACGUACGACGACCGCAUUGACCGACUAAAUUACUUUAUUACGAGUUCAUUGCUUACAUUUUUUGCGAUACUUGUUUCGGCGAAACAAUACGUGGGAUCGCCAAUUCAGUGUUGGGUACCCAUGGAAUUCAAAGGUGGAUGGGAACAAUAUGCUGAGGAUUAUUGCUUUAUUCAGAAUACCUAUUGGGUACACUUUGACGAUCCCGUCCCUGAAAAUAGUGGUGAUCGUAAAAAUGCUGAAAUUGGUUAUUAUCAAUGGGUACCAAUAGUGCUUGCACUUCAGGCUCUUAUGUUUUUCAUACCUGCAUGGAUCUGGAAAACCUUUAACAAACAAAGCGGCCUUGACAUGGAUAUAAUCGUAAAAGAAGCAAAAAACCUUCGCGGAUCACGAUCAGAAGAUCGAAAAAAUGAAUUAAAUAAAUUAGCAAAAUAUAUUGGUGAAAACCUGGAAUUUGACGUGGAUCAUAAACAGUGGCUAUGUUUUAAUAUCGGUCGAUCACUGGGCUCAUAUGUUUCUUCUUUAUAUUUAUUCGUCAAAUUUUUAUAUGUUCUCAACAUUUUGGCACAGUUCGUCAUUUUAAAUAAUUUUUUGGGUUCUAAACAUACUUUUUGGGGUUUUCAGACUUUAAAAGAUUUAUGGCAAGGAAAGGAAUGGGAUGAUUCGGGAAUAUUUCCUCGUGUAACAAUUUGUGAUUUUAAUGUUCGUCGUUUGGCAAAUAUUCAUAACUAUUCGGUUCAGUGUGUUCUUAUGAUUAACAUGUUCAAUGAAAAAAUUUAUCUUUUUGUCUGGUUUUGGUUUCUAUUUGUUGCGAUUUUGACUUUUGUUAAUUUUAUUUAUCACUUUAUCACAAUGCUGUUUGCAAGUCGUAGAGAAAAUACCGUUGAAACAUUAUUAACAAGUAUGAAAUUAGAUUAUUCUGGUGAUACUGAUAAGAGAAUUAUUCGAAUGUUUGUUCAUAAAAUGCUUCGACCAGAUGGUGUACUGCUUCUACGAUUUGUUGAUUUGUAUGCUGGUGGAAUAACUGCCCGUGAUUUAUGCACUCAACUUUUUAUAAAUUAUUGUAAUUUAGAAGGACAAAUGAUUGCAUUGCCAGGCAGUAAUACAACAAAAAGUACUUCACCUGGUAUUGAGGAAGGUUUUUUGCCUUACACUUCAGAAAAGGUUCUUUUAAUAUCUUUUUUUUUUACAGCAAAUUAA